CAAGGUAGGGGUCCCGAACGGUGUGUUUGAGUUUUCUGAUGUUUUUCUUUUUCAUUUGCUAAACAGAUUAAAGUUCAAUUACUUGCACAAAAGAGGUGACAAUACAAUACUUCCUACAGAGAUCAACGGGAGAACGGGCUGAAGGGGGAAGCGGGAACAGGUGCGAUCCAUUCAUUAACCGAUAUUUUUAAAAGCUAAUGCAUUACGUGUAGUCUCAUUGCGAUUACAAAUAUACCUGCAAACCUAAAAUCUGAGUAUGCUGGCGCUUCUUAAAUGCAAAAACGAUUGAGUCAAGCCGCCUUUAUUUAGGCUAUAGCAUAGCUCUUUACAGUGUCAACAUGUAAUUCAAGAGGACAAUAACAAAGAGUAAACUUUCCAGCUCAAGUCAAUUCAUUGACGAUUCAGUGAUGUCAUCACCAUCACCACAUACAGUCCAGCUCUCUUCAAGCGUCCCAAGCCAAAGGAAUCAAUGCUGCAGUCCUCAACACUAGCAUCACAUUUUCAUUAAACUACAUGCAUGGCCUAUCUUUAAUCUGAGCAAGUUUUUCGCACGCACUCUAGCUAGUUAUAUCCUAUUAGGAGCAAUACAAUGCAUGCCUAAUUUUUAAGUAGCCUAUGUGCUGCUACAUCAUACGUAACAGUGAUGCUUAUGACUAUACAAAUAUCACGCAUAAGCAAAAUUAUCUCUUUAAUAAAAAAGCAACUCCGCCUUAGGAAAUCACACACUUUUAAGUGCGCAAAUUCUUCUUUCUUCGAGCACACUUCGCAGUUUGGGCUGACACCAGACCUGCCUCCGAUGACAUCACCAGAGCCGCUUCUGCUGAUCGCGACGCGCGUUUGAGCGCUGCUGCAGAGCGACGCGGAGCGACGUUUAUCCGCCGAUCCGUCCUCGCGUUCACCGGGCAAACACGGACAAGACAUGGCAGAGAGGAGCCGAGGAAAGCGGAGGAAACAGGCGAACCCGCGGAGAAACCGAGGUGAGCCGGAGCGCUGUCUGGGCUCUGAGGGCGAGGAUGAGGGCAGUGUUUGGGGGAUGGAGGUUCUGGACAGCAGAGAUGCUCAAGAUAAAGUCAGUCUGACGCCCAGCGAGGGCACGGAGCCCGGCAGUCCUGUCCCGUGUGCGGAGAGCUGGGCCGACACCGAAACCAGGACGCUGAAAAUCCCAGCCGCAGACCCUGAACACUGUCAGGCUGACGCUCGUGUGAUGGACGGCGCGCCGCAUUAUGACUCUGUGUCACAACUCCUCAGACCGAUUCACGCUCAACAAUGCAACGGAUCCAUCAGCUCGUAUCAUUUAGACUCCGGUCAUGGCGACAUGUCGCCCGUCUGCUGGUCACCUGGAGAUAACAAGUCACCCGAGGUCGAAGACAGUGGAGCCUUAAACUCUGAUGCCGUUCAGAUGUGUCCAUACUGCCAGCGGACGUACCGGCACAACGCGUCUUUGCAGGAACACAUGAAGUUUUGUCAGGACCAGGAUGGAGGAGACAGCGUUUGUCCUCUGUGUGGAUACAGUACGCCGUACCGCGCUCAGAUGGAGCGACACCUGACCCUUCACCAGACUCAAGACAAGAACUCCAUGUCUGAGCCCGGUCUGGAGAACAGAAAGUUUAAGUGCAAUCAGUGUGGAAAGGCCUUUAAAUACAAGCAUCACCUCAAAGAGCACCUGCGCAUUCACAGCGGUGAGAAGCCGUACGAAUGCUCGAACUGUAAGAAGCGCUUUAGUCACUCGGGCUCCUACAGCUCUCACCUCAGCAGUAAGAAGUGUCUAAGCGGCGGCGCGACAGGUAACAUCGCUCAUUAUAACGCCCAUCCCGCGUACCUCUUCCCUUCGCCCACAUCGCCCCCUGCUGCCAGCAGGAGAAAGACCUCUCGGUUCCUACCCGAGUCAUCUGUUCCUGUCCUGAGCCACUCGUGGGACUCGGCAGAGGAUCUGGCGCUGAGGACGGGUGUGUUUAAGGGCACAUCGCUUCUGCCGCUGCUACAGUCGCGCAACAAAUUCGAGCACCUGCUGCAGGAGAUGCUGCGGAGGGAGGUGAGAGAUGAGAAACAAGCGAAAACUGAAAACUUCUCUCGGCUGUAUGACAUCCAAACAUCGCCCACAACCAAUCACGCGCCUUAUAGAGAGCUGUCGUCGCCACAGCGGUCGUCUUGGCAUUCUGUGCCGCAGCAGAUCCUCGUGCCUUUACCGACACCCGUGCAGCUGGAUAACCGCUGGCCAAGUGAAGGAAGUGCAAGUCCGAGAAAACCCACGUCACCUGCUUUACCUGAGCGCCAGCAUCCAAUCAGCUCACGCUUCGGCUCUCCUCCCAGCUUGGACCUGUCAAUCAACAUGUCGCCACGGCAACCAAACCACAUCCAGAGCGAACCUUUAGACUUGUCUAUUCCCAAAGCGCAUUCGGCCACACCGCAGCUUCCGGCGUGUAAUGGCAACUCAAUGCAUCACGAGGGCGUGUUCAAGAGACUGACUCCGCCCUCCCAGCAGCAGGUGGGUGGGGCCUAUACAGCGUCGCCACUGUUCAGCAGCACGAUGUUCAGCAGCUUCCCGUUCUUCAAUCACAUGAUGCCCCCUGGUUUGGGACACAACGGUCUGACAUCACUUCCUCUCACGCCACCCGUGCCCAGUCCGGGCUUCCUGUCUCCUGUGGCGUAUAUGAUGGAGGCGGAGUCAGAGUCAAUGCUGAAGAGAAUACAACAUGAAAGACAUUCAAUCAUGGCUGAAGCGCUGAAUCGUGGCGGUGUGGAGUAUCUGUGUUUGAUGGAUGAUGGGAUGGAUGGAGAGAUCGUUCCUGGGAGGAAGAGGCUGAAGAAGACGGAGGAAGGACUGUAUGCCUGCGACAUCUGCGACAAAACCUUCCAGAAGAGCAGCUCUCUGCUGCGCCAUAAAUAUGAGCACACAGGGAGGAGACCUCACGAGUGUCAGAUCUGUAAGAAGGCGUUCAAACACAAGCAUCAUCUGAUUGAACACAGCCGACUGCACUCCGGAGAGAAGCCGUAUCAGUGCGACAAGUGCGGCAAACGCUUCUCGCACUCGGGCUCGUACUCACAGCACAUGAACCACCGCUACGCCUUCUGCAGCCGCGACAGCGACCCGGACAUCAGCGAGACGCCCGCCGCGUACCAGAGCGACUCCAGCAGAGACGAGGAGGACGAGGACGAGGAGGAGGAAGAGGAGAGCGCUUACCAUAGAGGAGGGAGGACAGAGCAGACAGAUGAAAACCCCACAGACGGAAACCAGAAACAGGAGAGUCCUGAUGGAGAGUGAGAGCAGACCAUACUGCAGUGUUUACCAAAGAUGUGAAGCACACACUGACUCGUCCUCUUUAGUGUUCAGACUGUGAACAAACACAUCCCUGCGCUUUUAGGCCAUUUAGACAAAUAUGUGACCCUAGAGCGCA